AUGCUCAAAAAAGAGGUGCACGGAAAAAGUACCAGUCUCCCCAUUUGUCCCCUUGUCACUUGCGCUACCGAAUCUAACAAACAUCUCGAUUUUCCAGUGCGCCAAGGCGGGAGCGUCCAAAACUGGAACGACAUCGCCAUGUCAUUACCAGGUCGCACCAACAAGGACUGCCGCAAACGGUGGGCAAAGAUCCAAGUCGAUAUCCGAAAAGGUGCAUGGACACAAGAAGAAGACGAGAGGCUGCAGAAGGCCGUGCUGCAACUCGGGUGCAAAUGGUCUCAAGUAGGCGCCAUGGUUCAGAGUAGGAAUGCAGACCAAUGCGCGAAACGAUGGCAGCACGUGUUAGGACCCGACGUCAAGCACUGUUCCUGGACCCUCGAGGAGGACAGAAAGCUGCUGGACGCCAUGAGUAAAUUCGGAAACAACUGGAAGCAGAUUGGUCUUACCGAGCUGCCGGAUCGUUCGACCCACGAUCUACGCAAUAGGCAAGUCAGAAAUCUGAAAUGUCAUGUGCAUGGACCCUACAGCUGA